UAGCACGCAACUUUUCUGGUGGACAACACUAGCCUCAGCCUCAUGGGAGCUCAGGACUCUCAGAGCAUGGCGGGGCAAGUCAAGGCAAAUGGAUGGCGGGUGCUCGGUCAGAACUUUACAUACAACCAUAGUUGCAAAAUUGACAUCACCAACUGUGAGGAGGUGGUGCAACUAAAGUGCUGAAGUCCACCGUCUCGUCUUUCCUUCAACGAAGUUGGUUGAAGAACGCUGUAGCUGACGCGCAUAAGGUAUCCGCUUGAUUGCUCAUGCUGAGCACUUUCUGACACUGGGUGCCAGCUUGAAGGUGGCGUCCUUCUAGUGAUGUCCGCCCGUGGAAGCAUCCAGCUUGGUGGUGUAAAGACCAGAUGCCCUAGUUGCCUUGCUCAAAAACGCACUUUCUGGGGCCUUUCAGAUAACGCGCCCCACAGGAUCCUGGCAGCACUGCCCUCUAGAAGCUGCAAUCAUCUCCAGAUAGUUGCGGUUCGGAAGAGUCUUGCCUUUGAGCACCAUUUGAGGGGAGUCUCAUUGGUCUCCCCAACUUGUCGGCCAAUCAUUGUCCUGAAUCCAAGAGCGGUGACAGCGCAAAAGCAGCAGGCGGGUCAUGCAUUCCCCGCUCUGAAGGGGCUUGAAAUUCAGACGCAGGGGGAUGCCGCGCGGUUGACUGAUCUCAUGCUGACCAAUCCUGGGGUGCCAUGUGGCGCCUGGGCAGCUUCUCAGCAAUGGCGGGACAUCCUGCAACUCCCAAACAAGAACAUUCGUGACUUGGCUUCCGUCAUCGCCUGCCCUCGCCUGCUCGAAACAUCGGUCGAGCUGCCCCUGGUUUCGGACGACGUCUUUGGCGCGGAGGGCGGACCUUGGGAGGACAGUCUCCACUGGCUGCGUUCGCUAGAUUCUAAAGAGGUGGACGCAUGGUUUGCAACCAAGCGGCGGACUCGACUAGGCUACCACUUUGCCGACUGUGUCGAGUACCUCCUCCGCUUCAGCCCCGCCUUCCACCCUCCCGGCCUGCACGUGUCCCAGCAGGUCUUUCAGAGACAAGUUCGUGACGUCACCCUCGCUCAAGCCAAUGACAUCACCCUCGACCGAGCCCCCGACAUCGCUUCCGGCCGGAGAGGGGCCCCUUUUUUGCCUGAUGAGUCUGUCAGGGCCCGCAAAGCCGGAAGAAUAUUCACACCCGGCGGCAAGGACGGGUUAAGCGCGGGUGAGAACGGGGAGCCGAUCAAAGAAGAAGAGUGUGUUGACACCGGGAACUUGUUUGGCAGUCCAAACGAGGGCUUGGAUGGGGCUUUGAGGGGUUCGUAUUCACACACGAGACGUACGGAAAAUGGGGGACUGGGAGCGCAAAGUGGGGGGGAGGACAACUCGGAAGAUGAUUGGAAAGGGGUCGGUGUCAGUGAUUCUUAUGCAGAGAGCGCAAGCCGGGACGAAGACGUCGAGACCGGACAGGAGAAAAGGCUUUUCGGGUUUGGAAGGCGGUUAGCUGAGGCAGAGAUGGCCGUAACGAGAGACAUGGGGUUGGGGGAAAACGAGACAGAACCUGGACAGGGGGCCGCGAGAGCGGACGGUUGCAAACGGAACGAGGAGGGGGCGGAACCGGGAGAACGCAGCGGAAAUGUGUUGCCGGCGGGGCGGCGAAAAAGUAAACGGCAGCAGCGCAAAGCCACCAAGCAGACGGGCAAAACGAUCACGGUCGGAGAGUUCGACAUUCUCUUCCUUCAGGGUGCGGCGCGCGUGAGCCGGCAAGAGCUCGGGACGGUUUCUACCGGGGCGUCGCAGGACGUGACGUUAGAUGACGUGAGGCCGCUGAAGGGAUCCCCCGGGCACCUGGAGGGAUCCCCCGGGCGGUUACGGGCUGGUGACGCGGGUGCCGGUGUGGUCGGGGUGGAGCAUUGGGAGCUCUCGGUGAAGUUUCUGCUAUACGUUGGGCCGGAGGCAAAGCUGUUCGAAAAUGGGGGGAGACUGGGAAGCCGUCGGUCGGUGGACAAAAAAGGUGGUCAACCUAGUUGUGAUGCCGAGAGCCAAGGUUUUGGGGCAGUGAAGGCCGCAAAAGAGGACGGAACGAGACUGGCGACAGGAGGGAAAUGUGGCGGCGACCUCAAUCGGGAAAGGGCUGGAUGUGCCGAAGGUGACGUGAGCGCAGAGAGAGCUGACGUCAGCAGUGAUGGCGCUGACGUCAGCAAAAAUGCCGCCAGGAGCGAAGAAGAAGAUCUGCUGUAUUACUUCGUGGGGCCCCAUGCGGGGGAGCGGCUUUCGGACCGGAGGGACCGCAUCGCGAAGCAGCUGCGCCUGUCCAACGAACCUGAGGCAAAGCUGGUGCUAGCGGACCUGUUUCUGGGAGUGUCCGAAGCGAACGGUGGAGCGUCUGCUACGCACGGCGGAGCGGCCGAAACGAAUGGACGGGCGUCCGAAUCGAACGGUGGAGCGGUUAAAACAAACAGUGGGGCGUCUAAGUUAUACGGUGGAGCGUCCAGGUUGAACGGACGGGCGUACGGAGUGGAGAGUCCGGCUUCCAGAGCGGACGGUGGAGCGUCAGGAUUGGACGGUUGCAGUAAAGUUGACGAUUGCAGCAAGGCGUUCCGAUCCACUGGUAGAGCGUCCGAAUGCAACGGUCGCGCGUCUGCUUCGGACGGUCGAGCCUCAGCGUUGAACAGUCAAACGUCCGAAAUGGACAAUAGUUUGCUUGGAGACAUUGACACUAGCGUGGGCGAGUUGAAUGUGAGCGAGUCUUGGGAGAACGCCUGUGUUAGAGCAGCCGAGGGGCUGAGGAAAGGUGCCCGAUCAAGACCAAGCUCCGUUUCAGCGGAUGUGCCUUGUUCUGAGGCUGUCAGCGGAACAAGAGAAGCGGAUGUAGCAACUAGACCGGAAGAUGAAGCGAGCCGUCGAGGCUCAGCCCCUGUCGCGGUCACGCCGCGCGCAUUUGUCAAGGGUUACCUGUUCUACGAGCACGCGCUUUGGAAACGCCUCGUCGGUCGUGGUUCAUUGGAACCCAAUUUAGAAGACUCGGACGUCGUUGGAAAGACUACGGACGAUUCGAAGCCGUCGGACAGUCCAAACCGUGCUUGCUCAGAUUUUCCUCGGGCCCAUUUUGAUACUGUGGAAGGGGCCGAGCGUUCGGGUGUUACCUCGAGCGAAGCAGCGGGUAGAGUCCUUCCGUCCGCUGCUGUCAGAGGGUCCGCUAAUGGCGGUUUGAGCGGGUCGGACGGUGCCACGUCAGCUCCCGCGUCCAUCUUGGUCGAGGCAAAGGGCGACACGUCAGCUUCUACAUCCGGCGAUAGCGGCGUCGGUUCGGAGGCUGACUUUGUAACCGGGGGAGGAGUCCCGGGGGACAAUGACAGGGUGGCGGAGAGAGCGGAGUUGAACCCGGGGCAUUGGGUCGGGUGGUGGACGCGCGACGUCCGGAAGUUUUUGGGGGAUCCCUCGUUCCGGGAGAGCCGUUGGUACAUCAUCCCCAAGAUGGAGUGGCUAUCCCCUGUCGUCAUCAGGCCGUCUGCCGAGCACCUUUUCGAGGACUCGCCUGCCGAUCAGACUCCUCGGGAGAAACCCUCGGCGAGCGGGCGCCCGCCGUUGUCCAACCGGUGCACGUCCACCGCCCUGACGUCCGAAGAACUGGCAGCCGCUAAGCGUCAAAUCAACGGCCAGGACGCAAGCUUCGACGGCUCUGCUUUGCCGCUGGAGUCAUCACCGGACGCCCCGGUCGCAAGCGGCUCAGCCCGCCCGGGUUUUGACACCGUCUCUCCUGUUGGCGAUCUGGACGCCCUGCGAGCGAUUGGCGCAGUGUCAGGCGAACCGACGGCCGGGCCUACGAACGUCGAGAGCGCGUCACGACUGCUGAGCUCAGCAGAGUUCUUGUUGCAGAUAGAAACGCUUCAGGCCGUGGCGGAAAGGUGUAAGGUGCCCCGGAGGGGGCGAGUGCUAGUGGCAGAACUGCGGUGGGAAGGGGUUGCGUCUGAGGAGGGUAGUGACGUCAGCAUUAGGGGGACAGAUGGCGCCUGGAGAGAGGUCAGCCGGGGCUUCGUCGUCGAGUCGACGUGGCCCAUGACUGGAGAGCUACCCAUCAUGUUCCCCUAAACCAAAAUAGUCGGAUGGUGAUCCGGGUCUUUAAUCCUACUUUGAUGGUGAUGGCCUCCGUCUGCGCCGGGAACGGCAGCGCAGUAUCACGUAGUGCAGAAUUCAAAUGUUAGCGUCGCCCUAGCAACAUGGAUUCGUGCUCGUCUUGCCGGGUCAGGCUGCAUAUCGAUUUUGGACGCGC